UCAUCUCCUCUCAAUCUCACCAGUCUCAGCGGCAUAAAGCAGGCAGGGGAAUGGAGAAGGCCUACUUGUGGAGGAGCAAAAAGAGGGACGAUCUGGCCCGGUUGGAGGGCGAAGAACGUGAGAAGCCGGAGUGUGCGCUUAAGAUGCAGGAGAUCCCCCCGCCGCAGACCCCUCGUGAGCCCAUGGAGUUCCUCGCCAGGUCGUGGAGCGUCUCCGCUUCCGAGAUCUCCAAGGCCCUCCUUCUUCGGAGCAAGAAGAGAAAUUUCGUGGUGGAUCGUCUGCCGGAGAUGAUGCAUCCGGACUUUUUUGUCGUCGCUGCGGCCAACGCCGGAGCUCCUCUAACUGCCAGUAAGCGACCUCGCGGUGGCGGGAACAACAUAAUUACCCACAAUAGAACAAUCGGGAAACUGUUUCACCAAAAAGAAAGCAGCAGAACCAAAGAGAGGAGCAAGGAGAAAGCCCGCGCCGAGAAAGCCCGCAUCCACGCCGCGGUGUCCGUCGCCGGAGUCGCUGCGGCUGUUGCUGCCAUCACUGCGGCCUCGAACUCCGAGAACCAAACAUCGAAGAUGAGCGCCGCCAUGGCCUCUGCUACCGAGAUCUUGGCGUCGCACUGCAUCGAGAUCGCAGAGCAAGCGGGGGCCGACCACGAGCUUGUGGCUUCUGCUGUCCGAUCUGCGGUCGACGUAAAAACUGCCGGAGAUCUGAUGACUCUCACAGCAGCUGCCGCAACAGCGCUACGAGGAGCCGCUGCAUUGAAGCUGAGACUGAACAGGGAAGCAAGGAACAACGCUGCCACUGUCAUCCCUUACGAGAAGAGUCAAUGUGGAAGCCCAGAUAUCUGGUGCAAAGAAGGCGAGCUGCUCAAACGCACCAGAAAAGGAACUUUGCACUGGAAGAGAGUAUCAAUCUACAUCAACAGGAAGUCACAGGUCAUAGUGAAGCUCAAAAGCAAACAUAUAGCAGGGGCACUUUCCAAGAAGAAAAAGAGUGUUGUCUAUGGCGUAUACGAUGAGAUUCCGGCGUGGCCCGAGUGUGCAAAGGCGUUUAUGGAGGAGAGAUGCUACUUCGGUCUGAGAACAGCGCAGGGUUUGAUAGAGUUCGAGUGUGAGAACGAGACCACCAAGCAAAAGUGGGUGAAUGGAGUGCAGAACUUGCUUAGACAAGUAUCAAGCAGUGUUGGUGAGAAAAUAGAGCAGUCCAUGGAACUACUAAAACUCACCUGAUGCAUGGUAUGAAUCGAUCAGUAGGUGCUUGAGAAAUUGAAUGAGCACCCUGCUCUACACCAUUGGUUCUGUUAUGAAGAUAGAGGAUAUGCUCAUGCAUAUAAAGUGAAGAAAAUUUGUUUCUUCCUUCGAUUGUGAUCCAAAUGUUACCGUAUGAAAAGAAGAGUUGAGUUUGCUUGUGAGCUGUAACAUACUUGUCUUCCGGAAUCUGGUGAAAAGAAGAUCAAGGUAAUAUAAACAUAAAUGUUCUUUUCUA